UAGGUCUGCGCUUUUUUUAAUCGGUUAGAUUGUUUUAAGAAGAUUAGUUAUUUUCUUAUGCUUUAAAACGUAUUACGUAUUAAGAUUUUUCAAAGUUAAAUAGCCUUCUUCUUCUUCUUCUUAAAAAAAAAAAAAAACAAACACCGGUCACUUCCGCAUCCGAGCUCACUUUUCCAGAUUUAGGAGUGUCGUGUUUCUUCUGAAGCUUUGACAGGUGAAACGGAGUCAAGGCGAAUACGAAAAAUCUCACAGUGACUCGACAGAUUUGUGCCGCAUCGCUUUCCGAACUCCACGUGUAGACAUGGCGUCAGCUGGACCCCCAGAUGGAUCCUCAGACCUCUCAGGAGACCAGAGGGACGGAGUGACCCACAUGACGCCCACCAGCCUGUCUGACUCACCAGGGACCGAGGUCCGGGUCCCAGCUGACUGUGACACCCCCAGAACCACAGGAGAGUCGGCAGAAGGCCAUGAAAGUGCAGCCAAAGUGUGCCAGUUUUUUCGGAUGAAGAAAUGUCGUUUUGGUGAUAAUUGCCGUUUAUUGCACAGCGACCCAGUUCCGGAUGAUUCAGGGGCCGUGUCUCCUGACACAGAUGACAAACCGGAUGAAGAAAAGACGGAAAAACAGAAGAAGAAGAAAGGCACUGGAGGCAAAGCAACUAAGCCAAAGUACAGCGAGAGAAGAGAGGUGAACAAAAAGCCUCGCAUGCGCACAGCGGAUGACGUGAUCUCUCGAAUCCUGUGGGACUCGGUGGAUUCAUCUGAGUUCGUGGUGGGCUACGUGGACCGCUUCCUGGGCGUGCUGGAGCGCCCGUUCAACGAGUUCAACUGGGACACCAACCCCUGUGACUGCGACUACUCCUCAGAGCUGGCCCUGCCCAGACACAGGAUCCAGUACUUCGCCUACAGAGGGCACCGCGUCUGGGACCGCCACACCAGGACCGACAGGGUGUUUGGUUCCACCGGUCAAUCUCUGGCUCCCCCCUUUGGAAAGGAGGAGGAAGUAGAGGGAACAAACGCAGGGAAUCAUGAGCAGCAGCAGCGUGACCUUGAACCAAGAGAAGGGCUGGAUGAUGGCGAAGGAGAGGAGCGUGCUCAUACCCAGAACACACACCUGGAGGAGGAAGUGGAUGCUCAGAGCACUGACCCCACAGACCUGGCUUCGGAGAGUGGAAACGCUUGUCAGGAACAACAGGAGUCACGAGGACCUGGUGUUGUGGAAAACUCUGAAACUAGAUGUAAGACUUCAACAGACCCAAAAGGCUCACCUCAGAAAGGAGAGCCGAGUGGCAAAGAAGAGCUGGAGGAUCAGACUGCAGCAGGACAGGAUGGAAGCUGGGAAGCCGGUGAAGACUUUGCGGCUCAACUUGGGCCGCCACAGACCAGUGAGGGUGCAUCGCCUCUGGAGCAGAGAGAGGAGAAACCCGGCGGGAAACGACCCAAGAAACAACCGACCCACUUCGUCACCUUCAAGGCCAACACGCCCGCCAUCCUCUCCUCUUUCCAGCAGCUGCAGAAGGAGGUGUGCGCUCUCCUCCCCUCCUCUGCCCCCCACUGGCAGACCGCCUCCAGCCUCCAUGUCACCAUGUGCCUCCUGGUGCUGCGCGGCCCAGAGGAAGUGUCCGCCGCCGCGGAGAUUCUCACGCAGUUCGCCCAUUUGGACCGAAACCCGCCGGUGGCCGUGACCUUUCCCGUGAAGCUGAAGCACUUCAACGGGCGGGUGCUCUACCUGAGCCCCCACCCCCAGCUCUCCCUCCAGCAGCUCAACAGCGGCCUCCAGGAGGCCUACAGGAAGGAAGGCCUGCUCCACAGAAAGUCCUACAACCCGCGCUACCACCUCACUCUGGCCAAGGUAAAGGACUGGGACGGGGAGAGGGUAUUUGAAGGUGUAUGGGACCUGAAAGUAGGGAAAGGUUUGAAUUUCGGCCGUCUACCAGUUAACACCCUGCACCUGUGUGUGGUAGGUGAUGACAAAGCGGAUGGUUUUAAUGAGAUUCUGCACACGGUCACUCUUCGAUGAUGAAAGAAGAUGCUGUUUGACGUACGUGUACAACAUUUGUCUGGGUGCAAUAAGUUGUGUGGUUUUUAAUCUUCCAAAGCUGAUUUUAAAUUCCUAAGUCAUUAACUUUAUUCAAGUAAAAAAAAAAAAACAAACUUUGAGAAUAUUCAGAUCACAGACCUCUCUGGAAAUCUGAAAGAUCUAAAAUUGAAGUUGAGGCAGGAAUAUGUUGUUUUGCACUAAAUGUUAUAAAAAGACCUUCAACAUUCCUACUUCCCUAUAAUAAUAGUUUAGAGUCAUUAUCUCAUUUAAAUCUGCUAGGGUCCAUAAAAUGUCUAAAUUUGUUGACAAAAUAAAACCAUUUCACAUAUGAUACAUGAAAAUGAUAAUAGAAGUUAAUGCAUUACUUCCAGAACAUGUUAAAAACACACAAGUUUACUUUGUUUGGUGUUAUAGAAACAUAAGUUGGGAUAAACUCUUCAAAAUCAACAUUUGCUGCAGUAUUUUCUUGUUAUUGUUGUUGUACAGUGUCAUACUGCCAUAAUAUGUAAUUCACCGACUUGUCAGUGCCAUCAACUCAAAAAUAUCUCUGCCACCUGCUACCAACAUAUUUCUGAAAAAUAAUGGCCAAAUAGUAGCUACAAUUGCAUAAACCGUAUCCAAUCAAAAUCCAAUCAAAUGUCUGAUUUAAAUUGCAUUGAAGAAGCAUUUCUAUUUGGCCCUGUAUCUAGAAAGCACUAGGAGAAUGCAGACCUUGGCCAUACAGCUCAGCCUCCCCCCCCAAUCCGGAUCACUCCCAAAAUCUAAUCACUUGUUUCAAUUCUCAUUUUGGAUGUUUCCUGAAACUUUCAACAUAAUCCGUCCAUAACUUUUUAAGUUGCGUUGCUAACAGACAGACAAACCAUCAGACAACAAACCCUUCCGGAAACAUAAUCUCCUUUCCAAGGCCAAGGCCUUGGACAGGAGGUAACAAAAACAAUCAGAUCUAGACGGUUGUGCAAUUCUGUUUAAGAUCCAAUCACAAUAAGUAAACAGCACAUCAGAUUGUUUCCCGCUGUCCAAGCUGUGAGCAGAUCUGUCACGUAAUGUCGCCAACUAACGCUGCGUUUUAAGAAAAAUGACAGAAGCAAAGCACAGCAGGUUUCCAUGCUGCCUUCAAACAUGUUCAAACACUCUGAAAUAGUUCAGAGACUCCACAGAUGUAAAGUCAGAACAUAGUCUGGAGCUAAUUAAUCCAUUUUCAAAACUUGCGGCAUUCUGGGAUUGAUCCCCUGAAUCAAUCAGAAGCUAUUCUUGGUUUGCAUAAACCCACAUAUCAAUCUGAUCACUUUGUUCAGUGUUCAUGUAGAUCGGACAGUCUGAUCUUGCUGUUGGAAAGAAGUCAGCAAAAAAAAAAAAAAAAAAAUCAUGUAAAUGAUUUUUACGAUCAGGCAGUUCAGUUUGUAAUACCACUUUGUACCUCCAGGUGGUAUACUGAGUCACUCUUAUAUUUUAACUUCAAAAGGAAGACGCUGCAGGCACUGACCUCCUCGUACAAUUAAAAGGUGACGUUUUACUGUGGAUGUUUUCUUGCUUUUGCAAUAAGUAGAGCAAAACUAGGUUUACACUAAAAACUGAAGACAUGACAAGAGGUGUCAUAACUGCGGUGCCUUGAUUGCACAGAUUGUACAAACUGCCAGAGCUCUGAAAGACGGGCCGAGCACAGCUGAAUGUUACAGAGGAUCACCACAGAUACAGUGACUUUACCGGAUUCUGAAGUCUCAGUGCCUUUUGAUUAAAAUACUCAGGGCAUUGUGAAUUUUCACCAGCAGUCCUUUUCUGUUGUUUUUAAACCUUCGCUGGUCACAGUUAAACAAGUGAAGAUCAUUCAGAGACUAAUCAACAGAUUUAGAUGUUCAGUCAGUUGGAAUCCUGGUUUAAAUGAACUGAAACAUAUCAGCAUGUGUCAGCAAAAGUGCACGUGAGCGUUGGUCAUCUGAACCGGUUCCUGGUUUUUUGAGCACAUGUCAGUUUCUGUUGUCUAGAAUCAAACAUUUUUCUCGAGCUUUCGGCUCCGACAACCGGCGGAGUGCACUUCAUGUCACAUGUUAGCUUUUUCUCCUGCUUCUUCUGUAUCUGAUGGACCAAAUUUGACAGUUGGGAGUAACUGGUCAGUGGGGAACUUUUAUUCUAUUACCACUCCACAGAUGGAACACAUGCUCCUGCUGUAAUAGCUCAUGCAGGAUGCAUAAAGACGAAACAGUCUGGGAUUAUUCUUUUGUUUUUGCUUUUGAUAUAACUAUAGUGGGUCUCUGCAAUUCACCGACAAUUCUUCACUUCUGUACGGAUUUUGUAUGAACUGUACUGUCAUCUUUCACAGAUCAAUCCAGCCACAGACAUUAAACAUUGAACUGGUU